CUACGAUCCAUCUUAAGCCAUUUAGGCAUUGAAUGCCGCGUCCCAGUGAGGAGGGGGAGAGGGAGACGGUUGAUGUCGAAAAUCCCCAGCCACGGGCCGAGGAAACCCGCACCAAAGAGCAUCUGGAAAUGAUGGAAUCGACUGCCGCGGGAAACACGGAUCCAGUCCAAGAUAGACCCAAAUGGGCCAAAGGGUGGCCGACUCCGCACGAUUCCCUCCAAAAAGUCUCUCCUGUUAACUCCGCCGUCUUACUACCUCAGAUCCUCCAAGAAGUAAAGGACAGGAAGACAAAAAGGACAGUGCGCUAUAGUCAGAUAGAGUGUGCAUCCUAUUUAAAUGUUGAAAACAAUUUUGAUGAAAUUUUAUUGGAUUACUAUCAUUGUUUGUUUAAAUGA